CUGCCUGUUAUUGUUCCUGCCCCCCUCCCUCCCUCCCCCUUCCGUCGCUCCCAUCUCUCGCCUCGGGACGUUUUACGAGCCUCUUCGGAGACGCGGCGAAACAUCAGGGGAAAGACAAGGAAGGGGGCGCGCGCGCCGGCACAGCCGAAGGGCCGUCGUGAGAGAUUCCGCUUCUCAAAAGGGAAAAAGGGGGUACAGUUGGAAUUCGUGCGGCGCGCGCGCGCGCGGAGGGGGGGGAAGUCCCUAACGGCUUCAAAUCUUACGUAGCGCGAGCUCUGACAUAAAAGGGCGGAGGGGGCGUCACGUCACGCCGCGCCACAGAGGAGCGACAGUUCUACCGGAGAAGGCAGGAGGGUUGAAGCGGCGGGGAUCGGGAAGACAUGGCCUACGCGUAUCUCUUCAAGUAUAUCAUAAUCGGGGACACAGGUGUUGGAAAAUCAUGUUUAUUGUUGCAGUUUACAGACAAAAGGUUUCAACCAGUUCAUGACCUUACUAUAGGUGUAGAAUUUGGUGCUCGAAUGAUAACCAUUGAUGGGAAGCAGAUAAAACUUCAGAUAUGGGAUACAGCUGGGCAGGAGUCCUUCCGUUCCAUCACAAGGUCAUACUACAGAGGGGCAGCAGGUGCUUUACUAGUGUAUGACAUUACAAGGAGGGAUACUUUCAACCAUUUGACAACAUGGUUAGAAGAUGCCCGCCAGCAUUCUAAUUCCAAUAUGGUUAUUAUGCUAAUUGGAAACAAAAGUGAUUUAGAGUCUAGAAGAGAAGUGAAAAAAGAAGAAGGUGAAGCAUUUGCAAGAGAGCAUGGCCUUAUCUUUAUGGAGACAUCUGCCAAAACUGCUUCAAAUGUAGAAGAGGCAUUUAUUAACACAGCAAAGGAAAUCUAUGAAAAAAUACAGGAAGGAGUUUUUGACAUUAAUAAUGAGGCAAAUGGCAUUAAAAUCGGCCCUCAGCAUGCUGCUACUAAUGCAACACUUGCAGGCAAUCAAGGAGGACAACAAGCUGGAGGAGGCUGCUGUUGAACCUAUUUUUACUUCCUAGCUGCCUGAUGAGACCUACUAACUUUCAUCCUCCCCUCUCUCCACUCAGUUUCAACUAUGACACGAAAUUAUUGUAAGAUGGCAUCAUGUUGCGGAAGACUUUAUUCUUCAAAUCUUGUACAACUUUGAAUAAAUGGUUAACGUUCACUUAAAAUACAGGUUUUGGAGAUUGUAUUCAUAUCUAUAUUUCCAUUUAAUUUUGAAGUCCAUUGUUGUGAUUAUUUUUGUCAAAUAUUGUCUUGUGCCCUUGACUACGAACUGUAUUAAACACUACAAAGUCAUCUGAGUACUUUAUUCAGUUUAUGUAGUUAGGUGGCCCAGCUACUGUGGUUACCUAAUGUUUACUAUUGUAGAACUGUCCUCAAUUUUGUCCAUUUUCAGCUCUGGAAAAAAAGGGAUUCUUAAUCCUGUAUUUAUCAUUUACUUUCUGUAUAUAUAGUUUAACAACCUGCUUGGAUGUAUUUGCCAAGCUAUAAUUCUUUAAUGCAUUUGCAUAAAUUCAAUACAUUUAGAGCUUGGAAGUGCAAAGCAUUAUUAGAAAUUGCUUAGAUAUUGAAUUUUAAACUUUAUUGAUAUGUUAGCAUGUUUGUUGUCUUGUCAUUCUAGAGUCCCCACCUCCCCAAAAAUGCUUUAUGUAUAUUAUUAGAAGCUACAUAUGUGUUACCUAUUUUAAUGCCAAAUGUUUGCUAUUUGCUCACAACUUCCAUAACACCUCUUCAGAAAUGGAUUAGCUGUUUGCCUUAAAUGUGUAGGUUAAACAUAUUAUGAAUGAAAAUAGAGAAAACAUUGAAACUCCAAAUGGUACAUUAUGAAGAGUUUGAUCUUAAAUUUAUUUCCAUUUUCACUUACAGGUAAAUGUUUUUCAUCAAGGACAGUUUUUCAGCUUAGAUGUACAGUAACUGUGUAAAGUUGGUUUUCUUUUGGUUUGGGCUUUUUUUAAUUUUUUUGUGGCAACAUGUAAUCUUAAUAUGGUAAACAUCUUGUCUAUUGUGAAGGAGGUGUGACAAUAAAAUUGCCAGAUUGCAAAUACUUGAUUGAAGACAAAAUUGAAAAUACUUUAGUGCUGCACUCCACAUGGUGAUUUUAUUUUCAUUUUCUCCAUAGUUUUCAUUUAUUUUCCUCUGUGCAAAAUAAGUUCCUGGUAAUCAUAUAUUAAACAAGGGAAGAUGGAUAGGACUUUUGUAUUAAGUGAGAAUGCCUUUUCUUGAGCCAACAGUGUUGCUAAUUGUUUUUUUAAAAAUCACCCAACUAACAUUUCCAAUUUAGAACCAGAGAGAGAAUAUGACAUGAUGGACAUAUUCAAAUGGAAGUGAAAAUAAUUUCUAAUUUAAUGUUACAACUUCUUGAUAGACAUUCAAUAACUAAACAAUAUAUUAUUACAUUUUUAUCAUAUCACAAAGAUAUAGCAAAUAGUAUUUGUGUCCAAAGGUUGCACAUUUUUGAUAGUCACAAGUGUAGGUGUUAGGACAGUAACAGUGUAACUGGAUGGGCCACAGUCCAGGCUAUGUGAAGGUGAGUGUUUGUGUACGUGUGUAUGCUAAUACGGUGGAUUUUUCUAAAAAGCUUUUCUACACAAGCCUUAAUUUACCUCUUUUUCUUGGAUUUUGAUGUUUCUUUUAACCAGUAAUGGGAAGUGCAGCACCUUACCAUCAAACUUUAGUGAUAUGAUCUGAGGGAUUUUAGAAGCUGCAAUAAAAAUACUGAAUUGGCUUUAUGCUGCCCACAGGAUGCCCACCUGUUCUAAGGUGCCCAGAGAAGCCUUUUAGCUUCAUGACAAUCAUGAAACAGAUUUCUUGAAGAUACGAUUACAUGCUUUUAUUCAUUAGGGAAUGUUCCAUUCUCCUUAACAUUGGUCUAUAAAGGGCUGGGUAUGGCAAUGAUAGAAAUGUGUGACAUAUACACAUUUAGUUCAACUGCAAAUCCCUUCAUCUGCCAUGCUGGGUUAGGGAUAAUAGGGUUAAUUCACCAGUAUAUGUGGAAUUGACCCAAGACCUAAAAUCAGCAUGCAGAAUACAAGGAUUUUAUAGGUUGAACAUGCAUGCAUGAUUUGGGGCUAUUGUUCAUGAUAGGAAUACUAGUGCUGUUUUUUCUUUGAUGCCGUCUCCUGUCAUCUCAACUCUACUAUUCAAUGUACAUUUUCUAUAAAUGUAAUAACAAGCUCAUACUUUAAAAGAUCUGAGUUUGUUGGCCAUGAAAAUUGAGUUUCUUAAUCUGUAUGUGAUGAAUCAGAUGUUCCAUACUGAAAUAUUUUGUGUGAUGUUUUUCUUAACUUCUCUUAAGGUACAGUGUUCCCUUGCAAAAUUUGAACAGUUAUGAAGAUGAAUAAUUUGAAAUAGAGAAUUUGUACCUUUUAAAUCUUGUUCUUUCAUCAAACAUUUUAAGCAACUGUAUAUGGUAGGCUAAUACAGUUUCUGAGCCCUACUACACACAUUGUUUUGUGACGUUUUCAUUCGAUAUGGCAUUUUAGUAUUGUACACCACAUCUAAUAUGCUCUCUCUGUGUAUGUAUAAUAUAUACAGUACACAUACAUAUUUGAAAUAGAAAUCUCUGAAUUUUCUAUUAUAUUACAAUGUAUUGUGUAUUAGUUGUUUCUAAUCACUGGAUUUGUAUGGUACAAAUUUCAGAUGUAACAGAUCUAGCUGCUUAAUGCAGUGUUUCACAAAAGUGAGAGAAAUGACCAAUACAUGUUACUUAUACCAUUAUCAACAUUUGGAAGCUACUUAAAACAUGAAGUAAUGUUUAUAUGUUCAAAAUUUAUAUUUGCUUCAUCUCUGUCAUUCUCAUUCUGCCUUUGUUACAAGCAAACGUUUUUCCCUUUUCCCUCCCUUUCUCCCUGUUCCAUUUCAAAAACAAUACAGAAUUAUAUUGAAAAUGAUGCUUUAGCAGCCAUAGUGUUACAGGUGUUGAAAAUACCUUUACAUUAAAGAAACUUUGAUAAGGCAUUGGAAGUACCCUAUUUGCUUACUGUUGAUCAUUCCUAGAAUAAGGUAUUUCAGUAUAUACUUAGCAAUCUGCUCCAUUUUAAUUGUAUGGAACUUUUCUAAAGUUUAAUCUCUAUAGAAAUUGGUACAGCAAUUUGGACUAUCACUAGGAAAACUGGAUAAAAUGUUGAAAAAAGUUGUUUUGACAGUGCUUUUUUCCAUUUAUCGUAUUUAUUUUAAAUACAAUAGAGAUAUCCUUUAAGGAUGGUGCCUGGCAUGGUAUUUAGUUUAAACUUCAUCACUUACUUGUUUUAUGUUUUUAUUUUUAAAAAUGAGACACUUGGAAAAAUUCAAAAAUUGCCAAAUAUGAAAGCUAAAUUACAUUUAUGGAAAUACAUUUUCAUUUUGAAUGGAAAUUAUUGAUAUUUUACUCAGACAAUACAGUAAAGGUUUUCUUUCUAAGGUGUAGAAUUUCCUUGCAGCCUUGUUAAUAUAUUUUGUUCUGUUGUGAUAUUGAAGUUUAGUUUGUAAAUAAUCCACGUUGAUACUGUACUAUGCAAGCAGCUGAUGAACUGUCUACAGUACUAGGUUUGCUAUGCAUGAAAGAAACCAAAUCGUUGCUAAUAAAAACUACUAAAAUACUCUUAACAAAGCCAAGACCAUGACAAAAAGUAGUAUGUAAUGGAUCUAUCACUUCUGUUCUUGGGAUGGAUUUUAUUAUUUUUGGACUUCUUACAAACACUGUUAAAUAUUGUGAAUAAGAAGGAACAGACUCUUGGCAAAUGCAAAAACACUAUAUUAUCCUACUUUAACUACAGUGGGAGUGCCCAAGUCAGAUUUAUUUUCUCUUAUCAGUUGAGUUUUAAAAAAAAAAUUAUAAGAUUGCCUUGAGUCAAAACAAAAAAAAUAUUCUUGCUAACACUUGGCCAUAGACAAUAAAAUAAUUAUGUGGGGAAGUGGUUCUGUUAAGCAAUGAUGUAUUUCUAAAAACAUUUCAGAUAACAGAUUUUGAAAGAUAAAAUCUCAUUAAGGUCAGGCUGAAAGGUUCAAUUACAUUUUAGUUUUUUCAAUGUAAUAAUUGAAAAUGGGCCUUAAGCAGAUUUUUAAAGCCUUUAAAUACUGGAAAUAGAUAUUUUGUCCUAGCAGGCAAAACAUGAAUUUCUGUAAGCAAUUUUCACAUUAUGCAUUCCCAUAUAUUACUGUCAGUUGCAUAACAUAAAUGUAAAUAAAAAUUGUACAAGUA